GGGAAGUUGUUAUAUAAAACCCUGUGGAAGUCGCGGAAGAAUGAGAGGGUGCUUAAACCCUAUCCAUUCCCUCUGCCUCACACAAAUUCGAAUUCUACCAUCUUCCAUCUGAAUAAAGCUCACUCCUUUGUUCAACCCAUCAUGAAGCCUUGUUCCACUCUUAACCUCACUCGGCUCAUCCCCAUUUCUCCCCGCGUCCCAUCUUUAUCACACAGUAACAUAGGUUUUCUGAAUUAUCCUAGUCAUUUUGCUGGGACCUCCUGCUUGAAGAUGAGGGCUUCCAAGAAUUUGAUUGAGGAUGAACCUGUGUUGGAUUGGGGGCUGAGGUCUGACUCGUUUCCUGGCCGUAGAAAUGGUGAUUCCAUGGGGAAGAGGAGGAGAGAUGGUGAUUCGGAAUAUAAUGCUAGUUCAACGCGUGGUAGAGGAGGAUAUUCGAAUAGGGGAAGAGAGAAUAGGGAUUCCUUUGAUUCAUAUUCUGGUGCUUCCGGGGAAAGAGGGCGACAUGGUGGUGAAUUUGAGAGGAGAGGAUAUAAUGAUUCUAGAGGUUAUGGGAGAGAGAGUAAUUCAAAUGAGUAUGAAAUGACGAGUAGAGGAAGAGGAAGAGGGGGUUAUUCGAGUAGGGGAAGAGAGAAUAGGGGUUCCUUUGAAUCUAGAGGUAACUCAAAUGAGUAUGGGGUGACGAGCAGAGGAAGAGGGGGUUAUUCGAGUAGAGGAAGGGGAGGAUUACCGAAUAGGGGAAGAGGAGGUUUAAUGAGCAGGGGAAGGGGGAACCGGGGUUCGGAUGAUUAUGGAAGAGGAGGAUAUUCCAAUAGUGGAAGGGGGGGACGUGGAGGGCGUGACUCAUUUGAAUCCAGAGGAAGAGGACAGUUUGGAGGUGAAAUGGAGGGGAGGAAUGAAGGGUAUAUGAGAAAAGAGUAUAGUUCACGGGGUGGGAGAAAUUCAGUCAUGGGGAGGAGUAGAGAUGAUAGAGGUUCUAGGCAGGACCAAGGGGGUCCCCGUGAUAGAGGGAUGAAGGCUGCUAGUGUUGGUUACGAGAGGGCGGGUUUGUUGUUGUCAGAUAAUGAGGAUACUGAUGAAGAUGAAGAUGAGGAAGUGAUCAAAUUAAGGGACAAUAUUCAAGAAUUGAUUAUUGGAAAAAAUAGUGAGGCAACCGAAGAUGAGGAAGAUGAUAACUCGUUGUUCGAAACUGCGGGUUCUUUUUCAGGACUAGGAAUUAGAGCUAAUCCGGCAAACUCAACUAUAAAUUCAGAUGAAGGAAAUGAUUCUUAUCUGAGUGAAACGAGGUUCGACCAAUGUUCGAUCUCUUCCUCUUCGCUAAGAGCGAUUAAUGAUGCAGGGUAUGAGAAGAUGACUAUUGUGCAGGAGGCAACACUACCUCUUAUUCUUAAAGGCAAGGAUGUGCUAGCUAAAGCAAGAACUGGCACCGGAAAAACUGUUGCCUUUCUGCUUCCAUCUAUCGAAGUGAUUUCAGAAACACCUACCGAUCGUGAUCAAAAGCGGCCUCCGAUUCUUGUCCUAGUAAUUUGCCCUACUAGAGAGCUGGCAAAUCAAGCAGCUGCUGAGGCUAAUAAGCUUAUAAAGUAUCAUUCUUCAAUUGGUGUUCAAGUUGUUAUUGGAGGUACAAGACUUGCUUUAGAACAGAAACGGAUGCAGGCAAAUCCAUGCCAGAUUCUUGUUGCUACACCUGGAAGGCUGAAAGAUCAUAUUGAGAACACCAUGGGUUUUGCGACUCGGCUUAUGGGUGUCAAGGUCCUGGUUCUGGAUGAAGCUGAUCAUCUAUUAGACAUGGGAUUCCGAAGAGAUAUUGAGAGAAUUAUAGCUGCUGUGCCAAAACAGAGACAAACACUUCUGUUCUCUGCAACAGUCCCUCAAGAGGUCCGUCAAAUUUGCCACAUUGCUUUGAAGAGAGAUCAUGAAUAUGUUAAUACUGUUGAGGAAGGUAGUGAAGAGACGCACGCAAAGGUCGUGCAAACCCAUCUAGUUGCUCCACUGGAAAAGCACUUUCCACUUCUUUAUGUUUUACUGAAAGAGCAUAUUGCAGAUGACCCUGACUAUAAGGUGCUAGUAUUCUGCACAACCGCGAUGGUUACUAGGCUUGUUGCUGAUCUUCUUGGAAUCCUUAACCUUAAUGUCCGAGAGAUCCAUUCUAGAAAGCAACAGAGUUACAGAACUAGGGUCUCUGACGAAUUUCGAAGGUCAAAAGGUCUUAUCCUGGUAACAUCUGAUGUUUCAGCACGUGGAGUAGAUUAUCCAGAUGUUACUCUUGUUAUACAGAUGGGAUUACCUGCUGAUAAAGAGCAGUACAUACAUAGACUUGGUAGAACAGGGCGUAAAGGUAAGGAAGGCCUAGGCGUACUUUUGUUGGCUCCCUGGGAAAAAUUCUUUUUAUCCAACCUUAGCGACCUGCCACUGUCCGAGGCUUCACCGCCUUCAAUUGACCCAGAUACGGUGGAAAAGGUGGAGAGAGCAUUUUCCCGUGUAGAGAUGAAAAAUAAAGAGGCAGCAUAUCAGGCAUGGCUUGGUUACUACAACUCUAAUAAGACUGUUGGAAAAGACAAGCAGAGACUUGUUGAGCUUGCUAACAAUUUCAGCAGAUGCUUGGGGCUUGAUAUUCCACCAGCAAUUUCAAAGCAAGUUCUGGGCAAAAUGGGCCUAAGAAAUGUCCCUGGAUUGCGUUCUAAAUAGGUUUGGAAUUGAAAUCCUGAACUCGGUGGCUAGUUAAAUUAUUUUUGCUGUUCUUGUAUUAUAUAUUAUUAGUUUUAUUAGAUCUUCAGGUUCAUGUAAUAUGUUGCUGCUUCUUGCAUUGUAAAACAGUUCAGCCUAAAUCUUGUUGUAACGUUA